GUGAGCAGGACGUGACGUGGUCUCUAAUCCUCUUAGUUUAAUUAAGCUGAACCAGCAGGCGUAGGCUGCAGCUCCUUCAGUAGCCGAGGUUUAAAAGUCGACUCGAUCUUCUAAGAAAACGUAGACCCUGGGAGAAGCAGCUUUGGAGUUUAAAGCAGUGUAAAAGUGAGCUGGGGGUGGGUGUCUUGGGCCCCCUGCAGGAUGCUGCCUCCGCGGAUGCUGUGGGGCGCUGUGGCGCGCCAGGUUGCUCCACGACUCACCUACAGCACUGCUGCGCAGCCACAGCAGGUGAAGCCAAAAAAGACCAAAUUUGGUCCUCUGAGUGACCAAGAUCGGAUAUUUACUAACUUAUAUGGCCGACAUGACUGGAGACUCAAAGGAGCGCUAAAAAGGGGAGACUGGUAUAAGACCAAGGAGAUCAUACUGAAGGGACAGGACUGGAUCCUGAAUGAGGUGAAAAUCUCGGGGCUUCGUGGCAGAGGAGGAGCAGGAUUUCCGACAGGCAUGAAAUGGAGUUUCAUGAACAAACCCAGCGAUGGCAGGCCGAAGUAUCUGGUGGUGAAUGCCGAUGAGGGGGAGCCUGGCACAUGUAAAGACCGCGAGAUAAUGCGUCAUGACCCCCAUAAGCUUAUAGAGGGCUGUCUGGUGGCUGGGAGAGGCAUGGGAGCUCGUGCCGCGUACAUCUACAUUAGAGGGGAGUUUUACAAUGAGUCAUCAAACCUACAGGUGGCCAUUAAUGAGGCGUACAAAGCAGGGCUGAUUGGAAAGAACGCCUGCGGCUCUGGGUAUGACUUUGAUGUGUUUGUUAUGCGGGGAGCCGGCGCAUACAUCUGUGGAGAGGAGACGGCUCUAAUCGAGUCUCUUGAGGGCAAACAAGGGAAGCCCCGGCUCAAGCCGCCUUUCCCUGCAGACAUAGGGGUGUUUGGAUGCCCAACAACGGUGGCCAACGUGGAGACAGUUGCUGUGGCGCCUACGAUCUGUCGUCGAGGCGGCGCUUGGUUUGCCAGCUUUGGGAGGGAGAGGAACUCUGGGACGAAGCUGUUCAACAUCUCUGGUCAUGUAAACACCCCAUGCACAGUGGAGGAAGAGAUGUCUGUUCCUCUGAGAGAGCUGAUAGAGAGACAUGCAGGAGGAGUGAGAGGUGGCUGGGACAAUCUAUUAGGAGUGAUCCCAGGGGGGUCCUCCACUCCCAUUAUCCCUCGGCAUGUGUGCGAUGAUGUGCUGAUGGAUUUCGAUGACCUGGUUCGUGCAGAGAGUGCCCUGGGAACCGCAGCUGUCAUAGUCAUGGAUAAAUCGACCGAUGUGGUCCGAGCCAUUGCACGUUUGGUUGAGUUUUACAAACACGAGAGCUGUGGACAGUGCACCCCCUGCAGGGAGGGAGUGGACUGGAUGGAUAAAAUGAUGUGGAGGUUUGUCCGAGGUGAGGCAGCAGUUUCAGAAAUUGACAUGAUUUGGGAGCUCAGUAAGCAGAUAGAGGGACACACCAUUUGUGCUCUCGGGGACGGAGCUGCUUGGCCUGUGCAGGGUUUGAUCCGCCACUUCAGGCCAGUCAUGGAGAACCGCAUUGCUCAGUAUAACAAGAAAAAUCCCACAAGGGCGCCAGAGAUCGAGAUGAUCUGAAAGUGAAAUCCCUCCCAUUCAGUCUGUCAUCAAAUCAUUCCAUAGACCAUUUAUUUUAAGUGUAAAUAUUACUUAUUGAUCAAAGUUCUCCUGAUUGCAAAAGCUAUGUUGUUUUUCAUGUGUGGACAACCAGUCUGCUUUGGUGGUAUAAAUGCAGCAAUGAGAUCUUCAACUUAGUUAACUAAUGCACGGCGCAAUGAAAGAAAUGAACACAUAUGUCAAUAAAUUAGCUUUAUUUCAUAAACUUGAGAAAUAAAUUCAAAUGCUUCACUGCGUACAUGUCCAGUAUGAUCUGUACAAAAAACAGGAGAUGAUCAAGAAACGAUUAAGUGAUUGAUGUUUGUUUUGUUUUUUUUACUUUGGGGAAAGAAAAGAGAGUGGGAACAGGAAAAGGUGUGUUAGGAUGAAAGGAAAACUGGUCUGUGAUUUACAGUCCGUGUUAUCAUUUCACAGAGACACACAGCUGAGCUGGUGCAGGUUUUCCCUCGAUUCAGACCGAGAAGGCAGGCAGAAUAUUGCUCAACUGACCAUCUAUACAUCCAGACUAAAGGUUGAAGUAUCACUCUGGCAAAUGUCCUUCUUUGAACAAUAACUAAUGACAGUCAAACAAACAAACGGGGCUCUUUACAAAACUUUAGUUUGUCCAUUUAAACCCAAGUGCUAAAUCCUGAAACCAACACAGAGCUGUCACGAGUCAUCCUUGUGACGAACAGAUGGGCUCAGUUUGGGUGAAUAUCCUGUAAGACUCAGAAAGUACUCAGUGAGUUCA